CUUCCUGAACAGGUCAUGCCAAAAGGCAAUUUUCUGCUUUUUUAGAGAACUUUCUCGUCACUCUGGAUGGAUCAGCAUCACCUGCUAAAAAGAGGAAGGAAGCAGGUUUUCCAGGAGAGAAUUGGUUACUCACCGACAAGUGGCACAAAGUUCAGAGGGACCACAGAGCAGAGUAUUUGCUGUCCAAAUUCAGACAUCGCCAACCAACUCAGCGGCAGUUUGACAGAUUUGUUGACAGCAUGAAACGGGAAACAAACAAACCCAAAUAUCAAACUCUGAAGCUGUGGACGCCACCCCAUAAAGAGGACAUUGCCAACAACAAUAAGUUCAUCCGGAGUGUGAUGACACAGAGGUGGAAGGGCCUCUCCAUCAAAGACUUUGGUGGAGACAAAGGGAAAGGAGUGAUUGCAAAUCGCAGAUUUGUCAAAGGGGAGAUGGUCUGUGAUUACCACGGCAACGUGAUCCAAGCAUCUGGAGGGAGAACCAUGCUUGGGGCUCAUGAAGAUAUCCAAUCUUCAUGCUACCUAUUCUUUUUCAAGGAUGGAGAGAGGGAUUUGUGUAUUGAUGCACAAACUUUUCCCUGCUCAUGCCACAAGGACCUGGACAUCGUUGGAAGGAGAAUCAAUCAUUCCUCCAAGAAACCCAACUUGAAACUGGUUCACAUUUUGUUGAACGCCGAUGGAGUAAGCUUAGACGUGAUCCUAUUCAAGGCUUUAAUUGACAUCGAAACGGGGACAGAACUGAGUUUCCACUACGGUGUAAACAGAAAAUCGCACAGAGGAGAAGGCCUGGAUCUGGACUGGCUGGAUGAGUAAAGUCCAAACAGUUAUUUCUGCCCAUGUCAAUGUUUCAGCAAAUCCCCU